GUGUGUGAGUGUGCGCGGGGGCGCGCGCGCGCGAGCCCGGGAGGAGGCUCCCGAGCUAGUGGGUCCUCGCGGCACAGCCCGCUCCCCGGGCCCCUAUGUGAGGGAAACGGGGAGCCAGCGGUGCGCAGGGGAGGGCGAGGCAUGUGCACGGGCCGGGGGGUGCUGCAGCCGCCCGAGGAAGAGGAGGACGGCGGCGGCGAAGAGGAGAGCGGGGGGCUCGCGGUGGCGGGCCCGGGCCGAGGGGAUGCAGCGGACUGUGUGUGUCUGGCUGUAGCUGACGCGAGGCGGCGAGGAGGCGUCGGAGACCCGCGUAAGGGGCGGCCAGGAGGCGGCGGCGGCCGCGAGAAGUAGCAGUGGGACCGGCGGCGGAGACGGCAGCCCUGAAAUGCAUUUUCCUCUCCAGCGGCCAUGUUAACCAGGAAACCUUCGGCCGCCGCUCCCGCCGCCUACCCGACCGGCCGAGGAGGGGACAGCGCUGUUCGCCAGCUUCAGGCUUCCCCGGGGCUCGGUGCAGGGGCCCCUCGGAGCGGAGUGGGGACCGGCCCGCCCUCCCCCAUCGCCCUGCCUCCUCUCCGGGCCAGCAACGCUGCCGCCGCAGCCCACACGAUUGGUGGCAGUAAGCACACAAUGAAUGAUCACCUGCAUGUUAGCAGCCACAGCCACGGACAGAUUCAGGUUCAGCAGCUGUUUGAGGAUAACAGUAACAAGCGGACAGUGCUCACAACACAACCAAAUGGGCUAACAACAAUGGGCAAAACGGGCUUGCCAGUGGUGCCCGAGCGGCAGCUGGAGAGCAUUCACAGACGGCAGGGGAGCUCCACCUCUCUGAAGUCUAUGGAAGGCAUGGGGAAGGUAAAAGCCACGCCCAUGACUCCUGAACAAGCAAUGAAGCAAUACAUGCAAAAAUUAACAGCCUUUGAACACCAUGAGAUUUUUAGCUACCCUGAAAUAUACUUCUUGGGUCCAAAUGCAAAGAAGCGCCAGGGUAUGACAGGUGGACCCAACAAUGGUGGCUAUGAUGAUGACCAGGGAUCAUAUGUGCAGGUGCCCCACGAUCAUGUGGCUUACAGGUACGAGGUCCUCAAGGUCAUUGGAAAGGGGAGCUUUGGUCAAGUGGUCAAGGCCUAUGAUCACAAAGUCCACCAGCAUGUGGCCCUGAAGAUGGUGCGGAAUGAGAAGCGCUUUCACCGACAGGCCGCAGAGGAGAUUCGAAUCCUGGAACACCUGCGGAAACAGGACAAGGAUAAUACCAUGAACGUCAUACACAUGUUGGAGAAUUUUACCUUUCGCAACCACAUCUGCAUGACAUUUGAACUGCUGAGUAUGAACCUCUAUGAGCUCAUCAAGAAGAAUAAAUUCCAGGGCUUUAGCCUGCCUUUGGUCCGCAAAUUUGCUCACUCGAUUCUGCAGUGCUUGGAUGCUUUGCACAAAAACAGAAUAAUUCACUGUGACCUUAAGCCCGAGAAUAUUUUGUUAAAGCAGCAGGGUAGAAGCAGUAUUAAAGUGAUUGAUUUCGGCUCCAGUUGUUAUGAGCAUCAGCGUGUCUACACGUAUAUCCAGUCACGUUUUUACCGGGCUCCAGAAGUGAUACUUGGGGCCAGGUAUGGCAUGCCCAUUGAUAUGUGGAGCCUGGGCUGCAUUUUAGCAGAGCUCCUGACAGGUUACCCCCUCCUGCCUGGGGAGGAUGAAGGGGACCAGCUGGCCUGUAUGAUUGAACUGUUGGGCAUGCCUUCCCAGAAACUGUUGGAUGCAUCCAAACGAGCCAAAAAUUUUGUGAGCUCCAAGGGUUAUCCCCGUUACUGCACUGUCACGACUCUUUCAGAUGGUUCUGUGGUCCUCAAUGGAGGCCGUUCCCGGAGAGGGAAACUGAGGGGCCCACCGGAGAGCCGAGAGUGGGGAAAUGCACUGAAGGGAUGUGAUGAUCCCCUUUUCCUUGACUUCUUAAAACAGUGUUUAGAAUGGGAUCCUGCAGUUCGCAUGACCCCAGGCCAGGCUUUACGGCACCCCUGGCUAAGGAGGCGGUUGCCAAAGCCUCCCACUGGGGAGAAGACUUCAGUGAAAAGGAUAAGCGAGAGCACUGGUGCUAUCACGUCCAUUUCCAAGUUACCUCCACCUUCCAGCUCAGCUUCUAAACUGAGGACUAAUUUGGCACAAAUGACAGAUGCCAAUGGGAAUAUUCAGCAGAGGACAGUGUUGCCAAAACUCGUUAGCUGAGCUCAAGUCCCCUGAUGCUGGUAAUCUGAAAGAUACGACAUAGCUGAGCCUUAUUGGGUUGAAAAGGAGUAGCUCAGACCUGUUUUUAUUUGCUCAAUAACUCGACUCAUUUGUAUCUUUUCAGCACUUAAUUUUAAUGUAAGAAAGUUGUUUGUUUUGUUUUUAUAAAAUACAUGGGGACAAUGCUUUAAGUUUUUAUACUUUCUGAAACUUUUUGUUUUCUACAAGUACGAUGAGCCUUACUGUAUUUAGUGUGGCGGAGUAAUAACAUCAGUGGCAGGCCAUUGAUUACUUCAUGACUGCCACGCAUUUACAGAUUGGUCAAAGACAUUCACUACGUUUUUAUGGUUCAUAUUCUCCCCUUCUCUCUCCACACUCCAGGUUCAUGCACAGGUGUAGCAUGUCCUGCUUCUUUUUUCCAUAAAUAAAUCUGGGUGGUAGUGGUGGUGGGAGGACAAUGGUCAGGAUGAAAAUGAUAUUCUAAGAAAAACUGCACCUUAGAGAUUUUUGUUCCUGAAGUAAUGAUCAAACAAAUACAAAAUAAGAUCCCCAAGUUUUAAAUUGCCCAGUUAGCAUUCUGACAUUUUAAAAGCUGGCAAGGCAGCAUUUUGGUGGCUAAGUGGAAACGGAAAUGUGUGUGUUCCUCCAAAUUUUCUACUCUGAUCGGCAAGCUGUUUUGUCAGGAAGCUUCCUAUUACAAGAUUGGUUAUGCACCUAAUUUUAGAAAUGUAUUCCAUGACUGUUCCUCACUUCUCUGCUCUUCUCUCUGUUCCUCUUUCACCACACAUCUGUUAUCUGCAUUUAGUUUGUCUUCUUUCUUCAGCUGUACAUCCCAGACUGUUAAUUCAGAAAGAGACAUCUCAGCUGUGUGAUUGUGACCACCACUUCAUAUUCCAAUUUUAAAAAGAACAGCAGUCCAGCUACUGAAGGUGGGGAUUUCCAUAGUUCCAAAGAAGAUUUAGCAGGUUGGAGUGAGUUCACACGUUUCAGGUGCCACUGCAAGGUUCCCUUAGCCUGGGAAAGUAUCAACUCUCUCUUUAAAGAAAGAAAGAAAAAAAGCAGGGUUGAAAACCCUCUUGGUGAACAGAAAUCACUGUGGCCAUUCAGUAAGGCCAGCUUUAACAACACAUUUAAAGGAAGAGAAGUUCAACCUCAAGUUAAAUGGUUUGACUUAUUCUUUGCAUCUUUAGAAGAACCACAGAAUUUGCAUUCCUUUAUUUUAUUUUACUUUCUUUUGGAUUGCACUGAUUGUUUUUGUGGGAAUGACACUUUACCUGGGAAAGUAACCGAGAGUUAGGUAAAAGAAUAUUUUCUUCUCUGAAUGAUAAUUAUUUUCACAGUGAAAAUUUCAGUAUUUUAUCACUAAUGUAUGAGCAGUGAUAUAUAUCAAUUUCAAGGCACGUGGAAAAAUUUUUUAGUAUGUGCAAUUUAAUAUAGAAAGAUUUCUGCCUGUUUGGACAAUAGGUUUGGGUAGUAUAAAUUAGGAUAAAUAACCUUUUAUAUGCACAGAUAUUAUUGUAUUGCCUGUAAAUUGAUUUACAAGUACUUAAAGCAUGGUCCCCAGUGAGGCCAAGAAAGUUUCCGGUUAAGUUCUUUUAAUAUGAAUCCUACAGUUUCUUUUACUUUAAGAUAAAAAAAAAAUUGUAGUUUUGAAAAAAACAUUUUACUUAUCUUGAGGCUUUGCUGGUUGAUGGUGGAAAAAUAUGCUCAGGAAAUAUUUCAGAUAUUUGCCAAAAAACUGUAAUAAGAUUAGCUUAUUAAUAAGAUGGUGAUAUUGAUAUUUGCUUUACUAUUUAAAGGUGUCACUGAUAAAUUAAUUUGUACUUAUGUAUUUAGAAAUUAUAGCUUAUUUCCCCUAGUCAAAUUCUUUAGCAUAUUGUACACAUUUAUGUGUAAUCUGUGAAAGUGCAAUAAUAUGUUAGUAAGUUGCAUUUUAAAUAAUGCUCAUGUGACGAAACCCCCAAUCAGUGGUUUAUAGGACUUAAACAUUUGAGUAUUUAUUGAGAUUUUGGCUUAAAGGCUUAAGAAGUAAAAGACUUGGUUUGGUGACUUUGUAAAACCAUGAGUCUCUUAAUGAUGGUUAGCUUCUUGAGGUCAUUAAAAUAAAUAAAAACACAUAAAGGUCAUAUUCCCCUUAUAAUUCUCCUCUUCCAUUUCCACUCUCAUUUUUACAUUUUUGGCUCAAAUACAUGAGACUGAGCCUGCCAUUAUUAAUUUUCCUAUAAAAUGAUUAUACAUAUGAAAAUUUACAUUAAAUAGUAAAAAUAAAAGUUUGUCUUUUCCCCACCACACAAAACUGGUUCUUAAGAUGCCAGCAAUGCAUUUGUGACUAUCUUUAUUCACAAAUGCAACCGGAAACUUUUAAGCCAAACUAUAAUGUGCAGUGCUAUGGGGCUUUUUUUUUUUUUUUCCUCUUACCCAAAUACAGUGAAAGUUUCUAUAUACAUGAGAGCCGCCACGUUUAAGUGUUUAGUGACAGAGCUGCUUUUAAAAAAUUCUAGUUGGAUUGUACUAUCAGAAAACUAAAAUGUUGCAUCUUUGUGAUUUUUCAAAACCUAAAAUAUAAAGGGCUCUGUUAGCUACUAGGAAUCGGCUUGGAAACAGUCCUUGGUCUCACAGGUUACCAUUGUCUAGGGAUGUCUGAGCUGUUGUCAGAUUUAGGAAUAGCACAGUGUUGUCUUGUCUUUGGUUGCAGUCUCAUUUGGCUCCGUUUCUUGCACCACCAGAGUGUUCAUUGCCACUUAAGUGUAUUGCUACAACGGUGGAACAACAGUGAUGCAAGACCGUGUAGAUUAACAGUAGAGGAGAAAUUGUGCCCUUAGUGUUAACAAUGUGCCUUUUGUUCUGAAUGCCAUGUUGUAGGGCAUGCAUUUUUUGGCCUCUUUAACUCUUUGAAUGCUAGGCAGUAAGGAUGGAACCCACCUCUGCAAAGAUACAUCUGUCUUAACUAUCUAGUUACAGGCCUUAAUAGAAACCAUAAGGCAUGAAUCAUCAUUGGGUGUUGAACAAGAUAACCAUUGGCUAGUUACACAGGGAAUCCCUGUGUUUAAGGGGUUAAAGAUGUCCUUUGUUGUAUCUUAACAUCAGACUGAUUUUUUAAAGGAUAUUUUUUUUUUGUUAUGCUAACACUAGACAAAAAUCAACUGUAUUUGUAAAAAUUUACCUCAAACCAUUUAAUUUUAUAGUGUGAUUAAUCCCAGGGCAUUUGGUAUGAACCAAAGUGCAUUCCUUUUAUAUGUGCCUGGCUCUAGUAAGGAUGGCCAGGGAUUUUUACAAUAUGGGUGCAAGGCACUUAAGCCACUUUUAAACUUAAUGGGUGGUUUGGAGUCAUGUUAAAUGACUCCAUCAGAAUGUUAGAAAACACUUUAGGCAUCAGUAGCAUUGGGCCAUAUUGGAAUCUUCAAAUACAAGUGUGAAUUAUUUUAAAGAGAGCAUUCAUUUUUGUAAUUUUUUUCAUCAGAAAUAUUUCUGGUAAGCAGAAGACUUUUUAAAAAUCUGAUUUGGUUGGUAAAGGUUUUAAUAUUGCCCAACAUAAUGCUGUGGUAGCAUUUAAAAAACAAGUAUUUGUGAACUCUUUCUUUCUUAGGGGCUUGUACAUCUCUCUGCUAUGGACAUAUAUAAAAUUAAUUGUAAUCAUACUCAGCUCAACUGCUACAGUUAUGUCUAGGCAGUGGCUUGGGUUUUUAUCGAGCAACAACUUAGACACGUGACUGUAAUAUGCUGCAACUGUGUGUACUGAAAAUAUGUGAAAAUGGUUGAAUGUGGACUGUGUAUAUAUGUAUGUAAAAAUUUCUGUGAGAUGCUGCUGUCGCCACUUAACAUGAAAUAUGUUCUAGUGGAUCUUGAUCCUAGUGGCCAGUUCUAUGAUACUGUAUGUAUUGUACAGCUGAUGACAGGAGUAAGACUGUUUAGUGAAUAUUUGUUAAAUUCUAUUGUUGUGGCCAGAGAUAAUUUCAGAAUAAAAUUUUAAUGUCCUACCUUA